AACAGUCGAAUCGGUUGACUUGACGAUCCAGUGCAGAACCGCAAGCGCAGCGAGCUAGAACGCCACAAAAUCGGCGACGGAAAAAUCGCGAGAUCGGUCAAAUAUAUAGUACGAAGUAGUAUAAAGUGCAGACGAGACGAUUCGAGUGCGAGUGCCGGUGAAAAUACAUUCAACUGUUUUUCCCCAUUUUUGUGCCCUCGGGUUCAAGUGUUCAAAAGCCUGAAGUGCUAGUUUUACACACAAAAUAGGUUGCAGCUUAAAGUAAUCUCGUGGACUCACUGGCGGCGACGUAAAGCCAUAGCCAUUUUAUCAGCUCGCCAACCAACGCAGCCAUGGAUCUUAGAAAGCAUUUGGGUUUAUUGACGCUCCUCCUGGUCGCCGUUUUCGCGUUUUACGGUCGCCCAGCGGACGCCUGCAGCUGCAUGCCCGCCCACCCACAGACGCACUUCGCCCAGGCGGACUACGUUGUCCAACUGCGAGUCCUUCGCGAAUCGGAUACCAUCGAGCCCGGCAGGACCACCUACAAAGUUCACAUCAAACGCACCUACAAGGCUACUCCCGAAGCGCGACGAAUGCUUCGCGAUGGACGCCUUUCCACGCCCCGAGAUGACGCAAUGUGUGGAAUAAAGCUCGAUCUGGGAAAGGUUUAUAUAGUGGCGGGUAGGAUGCCGACAUUAAAUAUAUGCAGCUACUACAAGGAGUACACCAGGAUGACCAUAACAGAGCGUCAUGGCUUCAGCGGUGGAUAUGCCAAGGCCACCAAUUGCACAGUAACUCCCUGCUUUGGAGAGAGAUGCUUUAAGGGACGAAACUAUGCCGAUACAUGCAAGUGGUCGCCUUUUGGAAAAUGCGAGACGAACUACAGUGCCUGCAUGCCGCACAAAGUGCAGACGGUCAAUGGAGUGAUUUCCCGAUGCCGCUGGCGACGCACGCAGCUCUACAGAAAGUGCAUGAGCAAUCCGUAAACCAAUGCCGGUUUUUUUUGCCCCAAGUCCUUGGCUUGUCCUUGUUAUGCUACCGUUUUUCUCUGUCCUGAGCUUUAAUACGUACGUUAUGCCUAAUGUGUUAUUUAAUAAUUGAUGCUUUCGAACUUGUAACCGGCUCCUUAGUAGCUACUUAAUUAGUGUCUAGCUUUUAAUGUUCAUACCGCGUACACUUACCAAAUCGCGUGGAUUGGGGAAGAAGGUCUGUUCGAUCAGUGGAAAGCCGUCGCGUCCGAGGCGUCGCUGCAAUUGCAGCAGGUGCGAAAACACCCAGGGCUUGUCCUUAAGAAUAUCAAAGAAGAUCAGUUGUAAAGUAAGCCCGAUAUGAAGUCCAACACACUACUCACCUGAAACUGAUAGAUCGAGUGCAGCGAAUUAAUGCUGGGCACUCCGCCGUACUUUAAGCCCAAGAUCGUGGAACGAUAGUCGCUGGAUCCGUCGCGCGGCGGCUGACGAAUCAGCACAAAGUCCGGGCGGAAGGAACGCGCCACCUGUUUUGGUGUGAUAUUCCAAAAAGAAAAUAAAUUUUAUGAUGAAAAGAAAAAUUACGUAGCUGUUAGAUUGCCAAUCUCUGGCAACAUUUUUGUAAUUUUUAAAAUCGAAAAAUAUACUUAAAAACAGAAUGUAAA